UGGGGGAUGGAGGCAGCGAGUCUGAGUCGUCGGCGGCGGCCGCCAGGCCGUGAGUGUGCCCCUGGAGCCGGCGCGGGGGAUACGGGAUGGAACCCCACGGAUUUCAGUUUUUCUGAUUGUUAAAAGAGAGGAUGAUUGCUCACAAACAGAAAAAGGCAAAGAAAAAGCGUGUUUGGGCAUCAGGCAAACUCUCUGCUGCUAUUACAACUUCUGAAAUGGGGCUCAAGUCCGUAAGUUCCAACUCCAUUUCUGACCCGGAGUACAUCAAGGAGCUGGUGAAUGAUAUCAGAAAGUUCUCCCAUAUGUUGCUAUAUUUGAAAGAAGCUAUUCUUUCAGACUGUUUUAAAGAAGUCAUUAAUAUACGUCUGGAUGAACUUCUUCGUGUUUUAAAAUCUAUAAUGAAUAAGCAUCAAAAUCUCAAUUCUGUAGAUCUUCAGAGUGCUGCAGAAAUGCUUACUGCAAAAGUGAAAGCUGUGAACUUUACAGAAGUUAAUGAAGAAAACAAAAAUGAUCUAUUUCGAGAAGUAUUUUCCUCCAUUGAAACUUUAGCUUUUACCUUUGGAAAUAUCCUCACAAACUUCCUCAUGGGGGAUGUAGGCAAUGAUUUGGUACUACGACUGCCUGUUUCUCAAGAAAAUAAGUCUUUUGAGAACAUUUCUGUGGACUCAGUGGAUUUACCCAAUGAAAAAGGAAAUUUUUCCCCUUUGGAACUAGACCACUUGCUUUUAAAGAAUACUGAUUCAAUAGAGCUGGCCUUGUCAUAUGCUAAAACAUGGUCAAAAUAUACCAAGAACAUAGUGUCAUGGGUUGAAAAAAAGCUCAACUUGGAAUUGGAGUCCACUAGAAAUAUUGUAAAAUUGGCAGAGGCAACUAGAUCUAGCAUUGGAAUACAAGAGUUUAUGCCACUGCAGUCUCUAUUUACCAAUGCUCUUCUUAAUGAUAUACACAGCAGCCAUCUUUUACAACAAACAAUUGCAGCUCUACAAGCCAACAAAUUUGUGCAGCCUCUACUUGGGAGAAAGAAUGAAAUGGAGAAACAAAGGAAAGAAAUAAAAGAACUUUGGAAGCAGCAGCAGAAUAAAUUGCUUGAAACAGAGACAGCUCUCAAAAAGGCAAAGUUGUUAUGCAUACAAAGACAAGACGAAUACGAAAAGGCAAAAUCUUCUAUGUUUCGUGCAGAAGAAGAGCAGCUAAGUUCAAGUGUUGGAUUAGCAAAAAAUCUCAACAAACAACUAGAAAAAAAGCGAAGACUGGAAGAAGAGGCUCUUCAAAAAGUGGAAGAAGCAAACGAGCACUAUAAAGUCUGUGUAACAAAUGUUGAAGAAAGACGGAAUGAUCUAGAAAAUACCAAGAGAGAAAUGUUAACGCAGCUUCGGGCACUUGUGUUCCAGUGUGACCUUACACUUAAAGCUGUAACAGUUAACCUCUUUCAUAUGCAGCAGCUACAGGCUGCAUCGGUUGCCAGCAGGUUACAGUCUCUCUGUGAUAGAGCCAAACUCUAUGAUCCGGGUCAAGAAUACAGUGAAUUUGUGAAGGCUACAAGCUCAAGUGACUUAGAAGAAAAGGUUGAUGGAAAUGUGAAUAAAAAAAUUACAAAUAGUCCCCGGACACCUGGAUAUGGACCUGCUGACUCUUUAGAGGAUGUCGCACGCCUUCCUGACAGUUGUCAUAAGCUUGAAGAAGACAGGUGUUCCAACAGUGCGGACAUGACAGGUCCUUCUUUGGUAAGAUCAUGGAAGUUCGGGAUGUUUAGUGAUUCUGAGAGUACUGGAGGAAGCAGUGAGUCCAGAUCUCUGGAUUCAGAAUCUAUAAGUCCAGGAGACUUUCAUCGGAAACUUCCACGAACUCCAUCCAGUGGAACCAUGUCGUCUGCUGAUGAUCUAGAUGAAAGAGAGCCACCAUCGCCUUCAGAAGCUGGACCCAAUUCCCUUGGAGCAUUUAAGAAAACAAUGAUGUCAAAGGCAGCUCUCACUCACAAGUUUCGCAAGUUGAGAUCCCCCACAAAAUGUAGGGAUUGUGACGGCAUCGUAAUGUUCCCAGGCGUUGAGUGUGAAGAGUGUCUUCUUGUUUGUCAUCGAAAGUGUUUGGAGAAUUUAGUCAUUAUUUGUGGUCAUCAAAAACUUCCAGGGAAAAUGCACAUAUUUGGUGCAGAAUUUAUACAAGUUGCAAAAAAGGAACCAGAUGGCAUCCCUUUCAUAUUAAAAAUUUGUGCCACAGAGAUUGAAAAUAGAGCCUUGUGUCUCCAGGGAAUUUAUCGUGUUUCUGGAAACAAACUAAAAACUGAAAAACUGUGCCAAGCUCUGGAAAAUGGAAUGCACUUAGUAGACAUUUCAGAAUUCAGUUUCCAUGACAUCUGUGAUGUCUUAAAAUUAUACUUGCGGCAGCUCCCAGAACCAUUUAUUUUGUUCAGAUUAUACAAGGAAUUUAUCGACCUUGCAAAAGAGAUACCACAUGUAAAUGAAGAACAAGAAGCAAAAAAGGAUAACCCCGAAGACAAAAAACACCCACAUGUGUGCAUAGAAAUCAACCGGAUCCUUUUGAGAACCAAGGAUCUGCUGAGACAGCUGCCAGCAUCAAAUUUUAAUAGUCUUCAUUACCUCAUAUUACAUCUGAAGCGGGUGGUAGAUCAUGCAGAAGAAAAUAAGAUGAAUUCUAAAAACUUGGGAGUGAUAUUUGGACCAACUCUCAUUAGGCCAAGACCCACAACUGCUCCUGUAACCAUCUCUUCCCUUGCUGAAUAUUCUAAUCAGGCACGAUUAGUAGAGUUCCUCAUUACUUAUUCACAGAAGAUCUUCGACGGGUCCCUCCAGCCUCAAGAUGUUAUAUCUAAUACAGGUGCUGUUGCACCUCAGGUUGAUCAAGGGUACCCUCCAAAACCUCUGUUAUCACCUGAUGAAAGAGAUGCAGAUCAUUCUAUGAAACCACUAUUUUUUUCUUCAAAGGAAGAUGCCCAUACUGCGGAUGGUGAGAGCAGAACUUUUGAAUUAGCUACAUCAUUUGAAGAAUCAGAACGCAAACGGAAUGCAUUGGGAAAAUAUGAGGCUUCUCUCAUUGACAGCAAAGGGCAUUUGCUUUUUGACCAAGAGCUUGAGUCAGCAUCCAAAAAGAUGGAAGAUGUUUGUAAAAGCCCCAAGCUAUUUCUUCUGAAGUCUGAUAGGGCAGCAAACAGUGUGCAAAGGCAUAAUCCAAGGACCAAGAUGAGACCUGUAAGUUUGCCCGUAGAUCGGCUACUGCUUCUUGCCAGUUCUCCUACUGAGAGAAGUAGCAGGAAUAUAGGAAAUGUAGAUUCAGACAAGUUUGGCAAGAAUCCUGCCUUUGAAGGACUUCAUAGAAAAGACAAUUCAAAUACUACUUGUUCCAGAGUUAAUGGCUUUGACCAGCAAAAUCUGCAGAAAUCCUGGGACAGACAAUAUGAACAGAACAGUUUUACUGCCAAGACUACCAUGAUUGUACCCAGUGCUCACCCUGAGAAGGGACUGACAACAGACUCUGGGAGUACUGGGGACCAUUCCAAUAGUGCCGCCCCGCCCAGUAAACCACAAGCAGAGCCAGCCAGGCCAGCAAGAGACUCAUCAGAGCGGAGGUCUUCUGACUCCUGCCCUGUCACUGCUGUCAGAGCACCCAGAACGCUGCAGCCCCAGCACUGGACAACAUUUUACAAACCACCCAACCCCACCUCCAGUGUCAGGGAGCCUGAGGGGAAAACAGCAUUACCUUCAGCAGCUGUGUCUCCUGUCCUGUCGCACAUUCCCCAGAUUCCUGUGGCAAAAUCAGACCUAGACUCGGGCAUCACAUCACCUUGUCCCGUGCAGCCAAGUGUUCAACCUAAAGAGAACUGUGAGGAGCCUGGCCUGCCCGAGGGGACUCUAGCCUGCCAGAGACCACGACUAAAACGAAUGCAGCAGUUUGAAGACCUUGAAGAUGAAAUCCCACAGUUUGUGUAGGAUUGUCAAAUUCAAGUCUUUCUGUUUUGUGGUGUCAUUUUGUAAGAGGACUGUUUGGACAGGGCCCUUUUGUAUAGGAUUGCCAAAGCUGUUUGUCAUUGUUUGUAUUGUUUGUUCAUCAUGUGGCAUAGAGUAUUCUGACAAGGCCGCAUUUAGGCCUCACUAGAAUGAUUUUGAAGUUGUAAAGAGAAUAGGCAGAUUUGUGUUUUUUAGAGUUUACUUUCCCCAUAAAAUGAUCCAUUUAAAUGUAUCCCUAAUAUAUGAUACAGUUUUUAGCAGUAGGUGCAAUUGGGGAAAAUCAGCUUCAUUACGCAGAGUGAGACCAAGUGCAUAUUUAUAAAGUAUUGUUGAACACAAGUGCCUGGAAGAUGCCCAUGUGCUGUGAUUUCCCCACACAGUGUCAUAGGGCAUCUUUUAACUAUUUGUACUUUUGUAGUUGUAUGUAAGCUUUUAUUUUUCAAUUGAAAAUUCACAUUUUAAUAUUUACAUAAUUGCCAAAGGAUUUGCCAGUCUAUAUUUAAUUCUCUUGUAAUUGCCAAUUUUUACAUGUGGCAGUUAAGUUGUACCCCCAAAAACUGCACUUAAAUCUGAACUGUGUAAUUCCAUUACCUCUUAAUUUGGCGUUAGAUGGUUUUAAUACAUUUGGGGGGUGUUUUGUUUAUCCCUUAGUCAUAUCUUUGUAAACUUUGUUUCCAACAAUUCUGAACAUGUUUUAUACAGUGGUCCAAGAAAGAUGGUAUUUUCAGAAGUUUUAGAAUUCAGUACAUUUCCUAUUUUUACAGUUUAUUUAAACUGUUCCUUUUAUAAGAAAUAUUUUGACUUAUGAAUCAUUUUAUAUACUUUUUCUACCUGGCUUCCAACCAUUGAAAAUGUAUAGUUUAUUCAAAUGGAGUGAAGAUAUAUUUAAGUUGAUCCCAAACACUUCAGUAAGCCUUAUGCUUAGAAAUUUGAGAGGGGUAAAUGACCAGAUCUGUUUCAUUAAAAAAAAAAAAAAAAGAAGAAGAAGAAGAAAGAAAGAAAAGAAAAAGAAACAGAAAGAAUGGCAAUCUGGUUUUCAGAACUUGUGCAUUACUGUUAAUUUCUGCAUCAUUGUUUGUCUAAAAUAGGAUGUAAAAGGGACAACAAAUACAGCAGCCUUUUGUAUGUGUGAAUUAUAUUAUGCUUUUGUAUGACCUGUUAUAUUUGAUAAAUAUAUGUACAUAUUCACUUGUUAAAUUA